GCCCAGGAUCCAGCAAAGCAGCCCUACCUUUAUAUUUACAUAAUACCAGGGUUCGUCUCCCUUCGCUCACAGCAGCCUCACAAAAUCUCCAGGAGCGGCGGCAAAAUCAGAGGCAGCAAUGGCAUCAGAAAAGAAAUUGAGCAACCCGAUGAGGGAGAUCAAGGUCCAAAAGCUCGUCCUCAACAUUUCCGUCGGUGAGAGUGGAGAUCGUCUCACCAGAGCAGCUAAGGUCUUGGAGCAACUCAGUGGCCAGACACCGGUUUUCUCCAAAGCAAGGUAUACUGUGAGGUCCUUCGGCAUCAGGCGUAAUGAAAAGAUUGCAUGCUAUGUUACAGUCAGAGGUGAUAAGGCAAUGCAGCUUCUUGAGAGUGGAUUGAAAGUCAAGGAAUAUGAAUUGCUAAGGAGAAACUUCAGUGACACUGGGUGCUUUGGUUUUGGUAUCCAGGAACACAUUGAUCUUGGGAUUAAGUAUGAUCCAUCAACAGGUAUUUAUGGAAUGGACUUUUUUGUGGUGCUAGAACGCCCUGGUUACCGAGUGGCACGCCGGCGUAGGUGCAAGGCUCGGGUGGGAAUCCAGCACAGGGUCACAAAGGAUGAUGCCAUGAAGUGGUUCCAAGUCAAAUAUGAGGGUGUUAUCCUUAACAAAUCCUCCAACAUCCAAUCCUAAUUUGAAUUUGUGUUGCAGCUGUCUGUUUGUUUUAACUCUUUGCUUUGUUCCAGCCAUCCUUUAAAUUCUGCAACUUUAAUAUGCUAUUCAUUUUUGGUAGAUCUCCUUGACUACAAGUUUUCUUCAGAGUAAUGAUAUUUAAGAAUGUGUUAUGCCAUUUGUAUCCUUUUAAUUUAAUUCAUGAAGUCAAGUCUCAUUUAGUGGUGGACCUUUGGUUGAGCCGGGCUACGGUGAUCCCUGGGUCCAAAAUAUUCAGGUCCGGUACCGGCUUGGGUACUGGCCUGGGUAGUACUGGGUCAGGAU